AUGCAAGCAUGGGUGGCCCAAGUCCAAAUCUUUCAGGAGCAGAGUGAGUCUGAUGAAGAAGACACUGCGAGCAAUCGUACGGAUGAAGAUGUUCUCUACGACGAAGAAGAAGAAAAUACUGUAGAUGAGUUUGAUGUGAUAGGUGGUCAGGUAGAUGCUGAGGUCGAGGCACUGCAUCACUCACUCCAGCAGGAUAGAGAUAAUCUCCGCGCUCACAGUCUCCGCAUCAAGAGUCAUAUGCCACGUGCAACGUUCAACGAACUGCGCGAGAAGUUUAGUCACAAAAUGGACAUCGACUCUGAGUAUAAGAUGCUCAAGCAUUGCUGCAUCAACUCCUGCAUUGCGUAUACUGCAAGGUACAGUCACAGCGAUCUAUGUGACUUCUGCAGAGAAAGACGUUUUGAUGCUCACGGGAAGCCAAGACGUCAAUUUUCCUACAUGCCCCUGGUCCCUCAAUUGCAGGGCCUUUUUGCGCAAGAAGAUACAGUGCAAAAACUCUUAUAUCGCCAUCAAUAUGACCACGGCCCCGGUACUAUCAAUGACGUGUUCGAUGGCGAGAUCUACCAGUCUCUCCGGGACGAGUUUGUGCUGGUCGAUGGUAUUCAGAAAAACUAUAAGUACUUCUCUGGACAAAACGACAUUGCAUUUUCUUUGGCAACUGAUGGAUAUCUACUGUUUGGACGAUAUCGCAAGGGCCCAUCUGCAACACCAAUCCUUAUCCAGAUCUACAACUUUCCCCCCACUAUACGCACUCACCACGAACAUCUUAUUUGCCUUGGAAACGAGUGCGCCAAACUUGCCAAUGGUGCUCUCACCUUCGAUAGCCUUGAGAAGCAGAUGUUCUGGCUCCACGCCUACGACAUUUUCAAACUCGGCGACAUUCUCGCAAUAGAAAAACUACUGGAGAUUCGUGGCCAUAAUGGCUUCGCACCAUGUCGGUCGUGUCUGAUAACAGGUGUUCGAAAUAAAUCUGAAAACAAGACUAAUUACUACGUCCCAUUAACCCCCCCUACUCGACCUGAUGCUCCGAACCCACAUUGGGACCCACUUCAUCUCCCCCUUCGCAGUCAUGCACAUUUCGAACAUGUGUUGCAGGAGAUAGACGAAGCGGAGACUGCUGCGGAGAAGGAGAGGAUCGGCAAGAAAAAUGGCCUCCGUGCAGGCCAUCUUCAUCUCUCCGACAGGUGGCGAGUAGGGUCGAUUGACUUCGCCAAGUCCUUUCCAUGGGAAUGGAUGCACGUCUUCCUUGAGAAUAUUGCCCCGAUGCUCGUCAAGCACUGGACUGGCAAAUUCAAGGGUAUGGAUACUGGAAAAGAAGACUAUCAGAUAGCUGAUCAUAUAUGGGCCGAAAUUGGAGAGGAAACAGCCGCUGCGGUUGCAAACAUUCCCGCUGCAUUUGUCCGAGUCCUCGGCAAUAUUGCAGAUGAUCACUCGAGCUUCACAGCUGAAUCAUGGUCAUUCUGGAUCAUUUACCUUGCCCCAACACUCCUGCGCAGUCGCUUUCCGAAUGCAAAAUACCACAAGCACCUUUGUGAGUUGUUUUCGAUCACACAUGCAGAGAUUGAUGAAUUGGAACGGCGAAUUGCAAACUGGGUGGUCAAGUAUGAAAAGUACUACUAUCAGCACGACGAGUCAAGAUUACCAGCCUGCACCCUUCCUGUUCACGGAAUGCUUCAUAUUGCUGAUGACAUUCGUCGAUGCGGACCUGUGUGGACCACGUGGACAUUUUUCCUGGAGCGCUAUUGUCAAAAAUUCAAAACAGCGCUGAAGUCAAGAGUUCAGCCUUGGGGAAACCUCAACAAAGAAGUCUUAUAUACGGCAUACCUUCAGCAAGUGGUCCUUCGGUAUGACGUCCAAGAGGAAAUUGGUCCCAGCUCACAACGCAUGAGACUGUUAUUAAAGACUCCCCCUCGAGUGAUGUCAUAUAGUCCUGACCACAAUGAGCGGGCGAAAGUUGCGUUAUAUAUCAAGCAACUCAUUGGCGGAAGGCACACGGUAAUCCUCGCAAAUCUCCCUAAUGUUAUGGCGCUCUGGAAAAAAGUUCGUAUUCAAAACGGCGGAGACAGUAUUCGGACGCACAUUGCCAACAAGAGGUCCACAAAGCAAAGAACCUCCUCAUAUGUUCGAGUGAGUUGGUUAUACCGCAUAAACGGAACUCUUCAAGUAGUUCGGUUGGUGCAGUAUGGUCGUCUCGAGAAGAUACUAGUUUGCCCAUUGUCAAACAACACUCAGUGGCUAGGGCUCGCUGGCAAGACUCUUCUGCUCGCCCUCAUUCGACCAUGCCAGACUGGAGGCAGAGAUGCUACCAAGGAGGAAACACGUUAUUCAAGAAACCUUGCUAGCAUUAUCACCGACUUGCGAAAUGUCAAAGGAGUUGUGGGAAGGGUUGAAAGUCGUGGGGAAUGGACUAUCAUUGACCGCAGAAGCAAUUUCGCAAAACCAGCCUUCGAUGGUGCUGGGUAUAUUACAGAUGAAAGUGAGGCGGAGUAG